AUGUCACCACCGGAUUCGAUCUCACAGACCAACUCCAGUGCCUGAAAUGAUCACAUAUAGCAUGGAGUUGAUCAUGGAGCACUCAAAGAGGCCAGAUGGUGUAUACUUGGGGAUAAUCGAGAAUCUAUUGAUCCCUAUGCGAUCUCUGAUUUGCAAGGUAAGCUUUAGUAAAUCUUCAUUUUUUUGGUUGCAAUCCUUUUUUAUUGAUUUGAUUCUGAAACAAUGGGGGAGGACAGAAGGAAAGAAAGGAGAUCUAGGAAAAAAAACAGAGAGAUUUUUUUUUAUUGUUCUUUGAAUGUGAUGAUAUGGAUUCUGUAUUUAUGAAAUUUUAUUUCAAUUUUUUGUUUUGGUUAUAGUUUUGUUUCAAUUUCAUACUUAAUUUUGUUUCAUCACCUUUUCCAUGUUCUUGGAUUUAUCUAUUGAUAAAAGUAAUUUAAAAAGUUAUUGGGAAAAUAUGGCUAGGAUGUCAGAUAUUCUUGUUGUUUAUGCAAGGGUUGAUCCUGCCACGGAAUAUUGUCAAGGCAUGAGUGAUUUACUUUCACCUUUUAUUGUGCUCUAUGAGGACAAUGCGGAUGCCUUCUGGUGCUUUGAGAUGCUCCUACGAAGAAUGGUGCUCAACAUUGACUUAAUAAUUUUUAUACGGGUGAAAAUUUCCAAAUGGAAAGACCUACUGGGGUGAUGAAGCAGUUACAAGCUUUAUGGAAGAUAUUGGAACACACUGACACUGAAAUUUAUGAGCAUCUGUCUCUAGAUGUAUUAGUGUAUUUUAAAUCACUGAUAUCAAUUUGCAUGGCCAUUAGCAUAUAGAUUCAUGCUUUCAAGCGAGUGUGGCUUUAUAUUUGAAUGAAAAACAGAAUGUCUCCAGGUGUAAAAUUGGUUGUUGAAUGAAAAACAGAAUGC